UAAAGCCGUAGGUUCCUGUUUCUCGCUCUCUGAUCGUGACGUGUAUUACAGCCGAGUCUGCUAAUGUGCAAGCUGUUACUAUGAGGUUAGCUCAUCUCUUUACCGGUAAUAUUAAGUGAUUCGCGAAACAGAAAGUUAGGACCGAGUUGACUUAGUUUUCGUGUUGUCGAAGCAAUAAUGCCUGUAAUGGCCAGCGGAGCACAUGGACGGGCAGACAGAAAUAUCACAGGUGUCUCGGUUCCGCUUGCGGUGUUGUUUUUGUUGUCGUUCGGAAUUGUUGCUUCUGUCCCCGAAGAGCAGAAAUCUCUUCAGCAACAGCCACAACAAGAGAAAGCUAUUACUACACAUCCAAUUGGCCCAUUGGUGUCUGAAGAUGGCACCCCCAAAGGAGACCUGGGAUUCAUUCACGCCUUUGCGGCCUCUAUCUCCGUCAUCAUUGUCUCAGAGCUCGGAGACAAGACAUUUUUCAUCGCAGCUAUCAUGGCCAUGCGAUACAACCGCCUCACAGUCUUGGCAGGUGCCAUGCUGGCCCUUGGACUAAUGACCUGUCUGUCAGUGCUGUUUGGUUAUGCCACCACCAUCAUCCCAAGAAUUUACACAUACUAUGUGUCCACGGCUCUUUUUGCCAUCUUUGGGGUACGGAUGCUGAGGGAGGGGCUGAGGAUGAGUCCAGAUGAAGGCCAGGAGGAGCUGGAGGAGGUGCAGGCAGAGCUGAAGAAAAAGGAUGAAGAGCUGCAGCGAUCCAAGCUGGCCAAUGGGGGUCCAGAUGUGGAGACUGGGUCGGCGAUACCCAACCCUCAGGGAAAAUGGCACAGCUUGAUCUCCCGCAUCUUCAUCCAAGCCUUCACCCUGACCUUCCUUGCAGAGUGGGGUGACCGCUCCCAGCUGACCACCAUCAUUCUCGCUGCUCGGGAGGAUCCUUUUGGAGUUGCAGUGGGUGGGACACUCGGCCACUGUUUGUGUACAGGACUGGCUGUAAUAGGUGGAAGAAUGAUUGCCCAGAAAAUUUCUGUCAGAACAGUUACGAUCGUUGGAGGUGUUGUUUUUCUGGCCUUUGCCCUCUCCGCCCUGUUCAUCAAGCCUGAGACUGGGUUUUAAUUUUCAAGUCAUUUAGGAUAAUUCUGUAUAUAUGUAAGUGUAAAGUAGGUUUUGCCUUAGAGAUAUUCUGUGUAUACGCCACAUUCAAUACCAUGUGUGAGGAAAAGCCCAGUUUUCCUGCAGUCUGCCCCCCCAGAGGGGUUUUAAAAAUAGUUAUAAAUAAUUAUGUUUCUAUGUGCUUUACAUUAAGUCCUUUUUCUCCGAAAGAUCCUGAUCUACAGUAAUUCAUCGACACUGGGUUAAUAAUGUUUUAAGUCUGCCUAUCAAAGUGCUGUCUCUCUAUACUACGACAUAUUAAAAACAAACAUGAUGUUUUAGGCUACAAUGGUGGUCAUAUUCCUGGUGAUGUUUCCUCAUUGUAGCCCAUGGCUGCUGAUAUCGGUCUCAGCAUUUGUCUUUGUAAGAGAUCGAAACCACUAGAAUACCUCUGUGUCCAGGCGUUAACAUACUUGACAAAGCUACGCUGAAGGCACAGCAUCCACACACAAAGUCUGCCCAAAACUAUACUGGGGACCUUUGGAUUUAAUUUGUACCACAUUUUACAGGAUGGCAGUAAACAAAUCCUGGAUAAAGUAAAAGCCCGGUCUGAUGUUUAUUUCAGUCAGACCUAUUUUAACUCAACCUCUCUGUGCCUCUGUUUAAACAGUACCAAUGAAUCAGUGUGACGGUGAUGGUGGAUAAUAAAGGGAUAGUUUAUGUUUAUAGAAAGUAUAAAUACAGUUCAGCCACUGGAUAAAAAGGACUUAUGCUUAAAAAUGACACAUGCUUAAGAAUUUAUUGUCUUAAAUUACAAUUUGAAUAGAAAUAUUUACUUGCCUUAAUCAACCAAAUUAUAGCCUAUAAAUAAAUUUGACAGAAAAUCAUUUACCCGGUAAAAGGGUGUCAAAGGGUUAGCAUUAAAAGAAAUAAAACCUGAUCAACAUUCACCAACCUUGAAAAAAAAGUCUGAACUAUCCCUUUAAGAAACCUUCUCACUAUUCUUCCAUGUUUAGUUUAACUUUUGGAGAAUAUUAAUUGUCCUUUUUGUUGUAAGCAGCUGUUUGUAGAUCCAUUGCCACGUCAGCCAGCAUUGUAAUAAGACCAGUUUUCCUUUUAUUUAAAUGGGGUGGAUGUAUUUAUUUAGCUUAAUGUUUUCCUUUUAUAAUAUGUGGUGCAGAGAAUGAACAUGUUGGGAGACAUGAGGGGUAAGAGAACCAGGGAAUGGUAAUAUUUUUUUAACUGUACAGUCCAGGGCCUGGUUGUCAAUAUUUGACUGCCUGUGCCAAACUGUGAAAUACAUCUGUUUGUAAUACAGGUUGGUUGAAAUAGCUGUAAACCAGCAAAUACUCAAUAAAAAUAUUUCAUGUG